AUGCUGGUACGUGCUGCUCUUCCGGCUUUGUUGUACCUUUCCACAGUUUACUCCAAAGACGAUGAUUUGGUUGUGCCAGCUGUCCGAGUAGUGCGACUGCAGAUUGAGUACCCGAAUGCUGCUGUCAAAGAUAUUCAGAAAAUCCAUAAGUGGAAUCCUAUUUUGCGAAAUAGUGUUAUUGCUUCUCUUCGUUUUAUCAAUAAGCACUGGUUAAUUUGUGGAAGUGGACCGAAUGGAGAAAGACCUGCAAAUGACUGCGGCAAAGCGCAAGUGACUGGCGAGGUGGUAGGGGAUGAUCAUUACAGGAUCAACGCAACGUUUAUUUCAGAGAGAGAUCCUAUAAAAAAUGUGAAAGUGGAAGCCACAUCAACCGUAAUGGCUGUCUCACAGAUUGGCCUUAAAGGUGGAAUUUUCCAAUAUACGAAUGCAUUGAAGCUUAUGCUGCAUAAUAGCGCUGUUUACAAGCGCAAACUAGAAUGCACUGUAAGAAGGGGCGUCAACCCUGUUUUUUUAAAGGAAUUGUCAAUUUCUCUCAAUUUUGUACACGAGGUAAUAACUCGCCGAAUGAGUGUAUACUCCCUGUCAACUACGCUGCCCCCUCCUACCCCUCAUUAG